AUGGACAAGAAUGGCAAUUCAGGGCUGCCAGAAAACAGAGAAAUAAAAGAAAGCAGAGCAACAGUCUCUACAGCGCAGAGCAUAAAGGAACAAAAAGACUUGUUGUUUCCUAUAGGCGCCUCUAUUAUUCUACUGUCUAUUUUCUUGAUGAAGUACAGAGAAAAAAGGAAAAAAGAAGAAGAAAAAGAAAAAGAGGCUUUGAACGAUGCUGUGCAAAAAUUGCAAAUAGAAAAUCAGCUUUACAAGGAAGAGAAUGCUAAGCUUCUGUCACAGGUGGGCGGACAGCAGAAAGAGGCAGUAGAAGUAAGCCAUAACUCAAAGGAAGCACACUAUAGUAGAGAGAUUGAAGAAUUGAAAGAUAGAAUAUCAGCAAUGCAGGGGGAAAAAAGGGAUAAAGAGGCUGAGAUAGGCCAUUUAGCAGAUGAUUUUGCAGCUAAGCAGAGCGAAUAUGAAAAAACUAUAGAAGAGCUCAAGAAGCAGUUUAGUGUGCAAGGAAAGGGCAUGGAAUUAGAAAUAGGCCAGCUAAAAGAGGAGCUGGCAUCAAAACAGAUCGAGUUUGAUAACUUAAAUGAAGACAUGGAGUUUCAUAUAGAAGAGAUGAAAAUAAUCAUUAACGAGCUAAAAGAAGAAUUGCUUAAAACAGCACCUAGUUAA